AUGGAGACUUUUACAGGCAAGAGGCAGGAAGAAACAAGAGAUUCAGGUGGAGAAUCUCAUACAAAUUCUUUCCAGCUCGGAGGGUUGAUGUUCAAUUAUCCACAAGGGGGUCAUGAUUCUAACAGCGUCCAACGUUUACCAAAGUUGGAUUUCCCAAGAUUUGAUGGAGAGAACCCCAAAAGAUGGAUUCAAAAGUGUGACAGGUAUUUCUUGCUCAACAACAUUAGAGAUGAACACCAUAAGGUUACUAUGGCCGCUAUGCAUAUGGAGGGAAAAGCAGAUAAGUGGUUAACCAAUCUGCAGUCUACUAGAUCUAUUACUUCCUGGUUUGAGCUAGCUGAGCAUGCUUGUAUUAGAUUCGAAAAUCCUGCAAAUGACAACAUCUUAGGCGUAUUCAGUAAGAUAUCUCAAACCACUACUGUAGAUGAUUAUUUUGAGCAGUUUGAGAACUUAAAAGGGCUUUUAUUUCGAUAUUAUCCUAUGUUGAAUGAACAUUAUUUUGUGAUGAGUUUCAUUGGUGGGCUAAAGGAUGAUAUCAAGCACUCCAAACGCAGGACUCUAGGGAUUUGUUUUAAUUGUGAUGAGGUUUAUAGGCCUGUCCAUUUCUGUAAGAAGCAACAUCUAUUUCAAACGGUAGCUACUGAAGAAGAGGUAGAGUCUAAUGAACAGGAAGAAGCAGUCACUGAUUGUGAAUAUCCUCCUACAGUUGAGAGUGACAUGGAAAUAUCCCUUCAUGCACUUACAGGACAUGCCAUUGGAGACACUAUUCGCAUUCCAGGGAUUCUUCAUAAUUGUAAAAUUUCUGUUCUCAUUGACACAGGGAGUACUCACAGCUUUAUUGACUGUGAUUUAGCUACUUCCCUUGGUUGUGAUAUUACCCCCACUGCUAAUAUAUCUGUUACAGUUGCUAAUGGUGACAAAACUGUCAGUAAUGGGAUUUGCACUUCCUUACAGUGGAAAAUGCAGAACCAUUCUUUUGCAGGAAAUCCGAGGCUACUUGCACUUGGUGGAUGUGACAUAGUUCUAGGAGCUGACUGGCUAAAAAAGUUGGGUGAUAUUACUUUUAAUCUGUCUAACCUGAGUAUCACUUUUUCUUACAAAGGCACAUACAUUACAUUAGUGGGAGAUACUUCUCCACCUACCUUAAAACAGAUUGGCCCUAAAGGAGUGAAGCAGUUCUUUAAGAAUAAUUCUCAUGGUAUUUUUGCUCAGCUGACAUCUAUCACUAUUACUCCACCUCCACACCCUACUCCACCAAUCAUUUCUGAAGUCCUUCAAGACUUUCAGAAUGUUUUUGCUAACCCCACCCAACUACCACCACAUAGAUCCUUAGACCAUUUUAUUCCUCUUAUACCCAAUUCAAGUCCUGUAAAUCAGAGACCAUAUAAAUGUCCAUUUUUCAAGAAGUAUGUGGUUGAACAAUUAGUGCAAGAAAUGUUGCAUAGUGGCAUCAAACAACCCAGUCAUAGCCCAUUUGCAUCUCCCAUUCUUUUGGUCAAGAAGAAGGAUAAUUGUUGGAGAUUUUGUGUGGAUUAUUUGAAGCUCAACAACAUCACCAUCAAAGAUAAGUUUCCUAUUCCCAUAAUUGAUGAACUAUUGGAUGAAUGA